AUGUCAAAGCUUUGUUUACGCAUUAUUUUUCUUUGUAGAGAUGUUUUCGCGUCAAUUCCGCUUGAUAAACGUGUCGAAGCCUUUUCCGCCUAUGAAACUGACAUACAAAAUGAAGAUGAAUAUAAAGAUAUCAAUGAUAAUGAUAAUAAUCAACGAUUACAAACUACAAAACAUCCUUCAACAAUUUCAACAUUAUUUGUCAACAGAACCAAUAUGACAACCACUCAAACUGUCACCAAUUAUUCGACAACAACUAAAAUAAAAAUAAUUAAAAGGAAAAAAAUAUUGAAAAAACGACAAUAUCAUCGAAUACCAUUUGCUGCAUUUUUAUAUAAUUUUGCAACUAAAAAAUUUACGGAUCCGAAUUUUGAAGAGAGACGAACAACAUUCCGUGGACCAUUUCUUGCUGAUCGUUGGUGGAAUCGAUUGGUUGCCAGUGGGGAUGAUUUUGAAGUAGCAAUACCAAUUCCUGAUGGUCGUUUACGAAUCAAUCCGGAUCCGGGACGUCUUCGACAAUACUAUCCACAUUUCAAUAGUAUGAGUAUUGUUUGUGCACAGCAAGUUGAUGGUACAUUGAUUGAAACGGAUGUCAUAGUUAACGUAGACACGCUUGUGGAAGAUCCGGUUGAUGAAAAACCGGAAUGCCUAUUCAGUAUACAUUUUUCUGAUGAGCAUAAACAAGAAUGCACAACAAAAUAUCAUUCUUUUCAAGAGCGUCGCCAAGAUGAUUCUGGUAAAUUAGAUUAUCGUUAUCGUAUUCGUGAUUAUCAAUCGAUACCAACAAAUUUUCAUCCUAUCCUAAAAUUGGAAUAUAAUUUGAAAAUUGAUAUCGGUUAUGAGCAAUGGUCAUGUUGCACGGCAUGCUGUUGUACAGCAAGUGUUUGUCGUCGAGAAUUUGCUCUCUACAAAGAUGAAUGCAGAAAGUUAGAAAGUUAUCGUUCUCGCUUAGCAUAUCUAUCAUUAUUUAAAAUCGAUCCAUUAAAAAAAGUAACAUUGUCACUCAAUGUUUCAGUAGAUGAAAAAUACAUGGAAGAAGUGAUAAUGACAUUUGAUAAAUACCUUAGUUCAGAUCCAUACUUCACCACAGGUAUUCCCAUUCAUUCUACCUUAAUGAUCACUGAUGCUUACUGGAGAAAAUUACGACAGCAUCUCAUUGAUAAGAUGAUUGGAAAAAAUGAUGCAAUACAAAAAAUGAAAGGUCGACUAGGAUUAUUUGUGGAAUCAGAAAGUUGUGAUGAGCUAGCACAAAAAUUAGAUUGUAAUAUUCUCGAGAAAUGUCGCCAAGAUGCACAAAAAGUACGAAUUUCUACUGGGAAAAUGCGUCCAUUGAAAUUUGCACAAUCAUCGAAGAGCGAAUUUGAUGGAUGUAGUACGGAAUUAUUCAAUGAAGAAAUUUAUAUAAAUGCUCUUGAAAAUUAUGGUUCAUUGAAAUCUGGAUAUAAUUAUUUGAUUAAUAUUAAUGAAACAAUUUUUGGAACAAUUAUCAAAGUGAUUUGGAAAUCAGGAUCUUAUCAAGUACCUGAUUAUAACUAUCAGUUAUCAUGCUCAUUACAACGUGUUGCUAUUGCACCAAAUAAAAAAAGCUUAUUGAUUAUUGGCGCUCAUAAGGAUGAUACGCGAUGGCCGUAUGUUGGAAUGGCAACUAUGGCUGAAGAUGGUAGCGAUGCAUAUUUCAAAAUUAUACUUAAAUUUACAAAGCUAGAAAAAGAUGAUCCAAUGACAACAACAUGGGCAGUUAUUAUUCUUGCGAUAUUUACAAUUCUGUCAGUAAUACUUGUCAUUGUUAAUGUGAAACAACUUAAUCGUAAAAGAGGCAAUUUGAAACAAAUCCCACGUAAGGAAAGUUCCGCUUAA